CGAUCAUGCUUUCGACUCUCCCUCGCCUGCACAAGCCAAUCCCGCCAUCUGAUUGUCUCGAUCUCCGCCAGCAUAAGGACAAAAUGCCUCGCCGGCCGCAUCGCCAGGGAUGGCAGCACUCCAUCCGCCAGCUCCGGCAGCGCUUCCUGCAGCCGUCCUCGUCGCUGUCCUCGCUCGCAAAGUCGUUCGCAAUGACCGUCGCCGAUGGCUCGGCCGCCAUUCUGCCAACCUCCAAGCUCGACCAGCAUGCAAGCCACGCUUCCAAGGGCAUCAGCGGAGUCGCUCUUUCGGUCCUGGCGGUCCUGCUCUCAGAGUGGCCACUGGCACUGAUAAUGAUCUUUGGGGGUUGCUGCUCGACCGUUGUAUCGCUGGAGGUUCUGAUCAGAGACCACUCCGACAGCGUUGAGCUGAUCACCUUUGCCCAGUUCACAUUCAUUUCGUUCAUGGGACUGCUCAACAACAUCCAGCGAACAAAGCCCGGCUCUGCCCUGCCGUACGAGCUUCAGACUCGCCAUAUCCCCCUGAAGCAAUAUGCAAUCAUGGUUUUGCUGUUCUUCAUGUCAACCCUCACCGGCAACCAAGCGAUGCGCUACCCGAUUCCCAUGCCGCUCAACAUCAUAUUCCGUUCGGGCUCCUUGCUCGCCAACAUGCUCGUUGGAUGGAUGUUUUUUUCACGGAGAUUCUCCUCGAAGCAAGUCUUUGCCAUCUUCGUCGUCACCGUCGGCAUCAUCACCACGACGUUUGCAUCAUCCCACGCGUCUGCGGGUGCCGGUCCCGGCUUUGGCUUCAGCAUAUCCUUCCUCACCGGAAUUGCCCUGAUGGUCUUUUCCAUCAUCCUGUCGUGCCUGCUCGGGCAGGUGCAGCAAGCCACCUUUACGACCUAUGGCAAGCACUGGCGCGAGUCACUGUUCUACACACACGCCCUUGCCCUGCCGGCGUUUGUGUUUGUCCUUCCCAGCAUCCUCAAGAGCAUCGACGACUUCAACCAAAGCCCAUGGGUUGGCCUCCUGGAGUACUCCGAGCUCGAGACAUUGACCCGUUGGAGCUGGAUAUGGCGGCUUCUGGCCAUGGUUCGUCUCCCACGGAUGUGGUUUUUCCUGAUGGCAAGCACCGUCGCUCAGUUCGUAUGCAUAGCCGGAGUGCAGAAGCUUUCUUCGAUGACUUCCUCGGUGGCCGUCACACUGAUACUAAGUGUUCGCAAGCUCGCGUCGCUGAUCAUCUCAAUCUACGUGUUCAGCAAUCCGUUCACCCUCCUGCACUGGCUUGGCGUCGCCAAGGUCAUCAUCGGAACGGGAAUGUAUAUGGAUCUGAUCAAGAUGCCAUACCUGAGAUUCUCGAUGCUCCGGAGUCGGCCGCAGCUCGUCCAUGCGUUCCCGGUCAAGGACUCUACAAAUCGAAAGUCAGCCUGAGCAAUGUGCGGCGCAAUACCGGACAUUACCAGACAAUACCGCCCAGUGCCGAACCGUGACAACCACCCAUAUGGAACCCUGGAAUGACCCCCCUCCUCACAGGGCUCUGCAAACCUGUCUGUUUGCUUUCCAAGACCUAGAUCUGUGUCUUUCUGAAUCUCAACCAAUACGGCGACCGAUCGUCCUCGUUGCCUGAAAACUGUAGCAGUAUCGUGAAUACAGCUCCUCCCAAAUGUAUUGUAUCUCUGGGAUAUGUUCCUUCGAUCCAAGAAGAUGCACAGAUCUGGGAGAGGGUGAAUGGCGAUUUGCCGAAUGCAUCUUGGCAGUGCAAACACAGUCAAAGCUCGUCUGUCGCCGACACUCAAGGCU